CUUGGUGCUAGCUAUGUGUUAGCCUUGGGGCUCGAACCCACGCCUCUCCCCGGGAUGCCCCCCCCGCGCUGCUCCUGCUUCCGGGUGGUGCUGGGCCUCCUGGUGCUGGUGGCGCUGCUGCAGCUCGUGUACCUGAGCUUCCUGUCCCGGCUGCACGCCACGCAGCAGCGCUUCCGGUUCUCCGAGCUGUUCGGCCGGUCCGGGUCCCGGCCCGGGCCCCAGCGGGCCGCGCACCCCGAGAGGAACACCCGCAAGGAGCGGCUGCGGUUCUCCCUGUCCACCGGGGGGCUGUUCGACCCCAGCGGCCAGUACCGGGUCUACAAGAACCUGCUGCAGAGCGACUUCAGCUCCAGCCAGCGGCCGGGCUCGGGGGUCCCGGGCUCGGGGGUCCUGGCCCUGGCGACCCACACCACCAUCAACAACCUGCACCACCUGGACUCCCUGCUGGGCCGCUGGACCCACCCGCUCUCCGUGGCCAUCUUCGCCCAUGGGCCGGAUGUGAAGUUCGCCACAGCUCUGGUCUACGCGCUGAGCUUCUUCUGCCCUCAGGUCCAGGCCCUGGUGGACUUCCACCUGGUCUGCCUGUCCGGGGAGACGGCCAGCUUCCCCGAGCAGGACCACGAGCACUUCGAAGGUCUGGAGGACUGCUCGUCUGUCUUCAUCCGCCUGGAGACCCACAGGGACCGGUUCAAGAACUACGCCAUCAGCGGAAACGUCUCCUACCCCAACAACCUUCUGCGCAACGUGGCUCGAGGUGGCACCGAGACCUCCUACAUCCUGGUCCUGGACAUCGACAUGAUGCCGAGCGCCGACCUGCACCCGCAGUUCUUGGCCAUGAUCUCCAGUCGCGAGGCCGCGGGCGACGAGGUCUUCGUGUUGCCCGCGUUCGAGAUCCGCCACGCCCGGAAGCUGCCUGCCACCAAGCCGGAGCUGGUGCAGCUCUACCAGGUCGGGGAGGUGCGGCCGUUCUACGAGGAGCUGUGCUCCCGCUGCCAGGCGCCCACCAACUACUCCCGCUGGGUCAACAGCCGGGCCCGGGGGGUCCUGGAGGUGGCCUACACGCUCAGCUGGGUGGACCCCUGGGAGCCGUUCUACAUCGGGCCCAACGUGGUGCCCCUGUACGACGAGAACUUCAAGCAGUACGGCUUCAACCGGAUCAGCCAGGCCUGCGAGCUGCAUGUGGCUGGAUUCAGGUUCUCGGUGCUGAGCUCGGCCUUCGUGGUUCACCGGGGGUUCAAGGUCCAGGGCGAGUUCCACGCCCGGAAAGACGAGGAGAACAAACGCAACCGGGUUCUGUUCCGCAGCUUCAAAGAGGGUCUGAAGACCAAAUACCCGUCCUCCACCAGGAGGUGCUGAGAGGAGAGGGAGGAGGUGCUGAGAGGAGAGGGAGGAGGUGCAGAGAGGAGAGGGAGGACCCGGUCUCCUCUGCUGACGGGAUGGACCUAUGUUCUAUAAACCAGCUUUAGUCCUGAACCCG